AUGACGACCUAUGUUCUUUACAGCCCUGACGGUGCAAUUAAUGAAUUCUUUAACUCGAACACUACUGUCACCAGAAAACAAUGUGAUGAAUUUGCCAUUUCUCGCGCUGGUGGUGUGUCCACUGCUUUACAGAUGCAAGGAGUGUGUAGCUAUACCGUGACAGCGGGGCCCAACAACUCGAAGCUCUUCCAGUUCAGAGAUGAGAACUCUGUCAUUGACAUGGGUAACAUUUCUCUCGCUAAAACAGUCCAUCCCGACUUUGUGGCUAGCUGCAAGUAUCUUGGUACCAUGGGCGACUCACGGCCAGUCUAUGUUUACGAGAUGGAGCAUCUUACUGGAACUGCUCACAUAAUAGCGCGUAUUCCUCCAGAGGACAUGCUCCGACAGCGUAACACUAUCAAGGACUUUGCAAGUUUCAAUCAAAUUUUUGAUCUUCUUGCUCGAAACCUGCUAUCUCGCUUUGCACCGAACUUAGACAUGGUCCGCAAGGAGCUCCCGGCUCUCUUUUCCAAAGCCCUUCCCUGCGUUCUUAGCUACGGUGACCUUAAUAUGAUGAAUCUCCUCGUCAAUCCCAAAACUGGAAAUAUCAUAGGAAUUGUCGACUGGGCUGAAUUAAGGAUUCUGCCUUUCGGCUUCGCGCUUUACGGGCUUGAGAAUCUUUUGGGUCGGAUGGAUUCAGAAGGGUGGCGCUACUACGAUGGCUACCGUGAACUCGAGAGCCUGUUCUGGUAA